AUGUUUUUAUUAUAUUCUGGGGUGUAUGCCACUUUGGCGCCAGCAAUUGGCUGGUUAGGGGAUAAAACGGUGAGUGUGUCUUAAUUACCGAUAAAACCUAAGCAUAGUAACUCUUUUUAAAAAUGAAUUGACGAACCCCCUAGCCCUUUGAUAAACCAUGUUUUUCUCAGAAGAGGUACCCUUUACCUGAACCUUCAACUUAAAAAUGGCACUCCUUUCACACAUGUAGUUAUUGCCAACGAGCAGCUUCGCGAAGACGCGAGGCUGCGAGGCGGCAGCCUAAUAAAGCCGUGCGCGAUUGUUCCAGGGGCAGAAAAAAUCUCGAAUCGAUGUAACAUAGAGUAGCGUAAGGCAACCAUGACGUAAUGCAGGGCAGAGAAUGCUUUGUUUUCGAGCGAACACUCGAUACAGAUCAGAGAAUCCACGAACCGUGUGCAUGUUUGUGAGUCCGGUGCUCAUCCCGUCUUCAACCAAUCGUCGGGUGGAUCAUUUCCAUCCUACGCAAUAUCUGUCGCAUUUGCCCGCUGGAAUUUUUUAUUGUAUGCCGCUCAGAAAAAUUAUAACGCAACGAAAUUCUUUGUGUCUUUGAAGCAAAAUAAUUCGUAAGGCUUCAUUGGCCCACCAUAAAUUUUUUUAGCUUUAAAACUUUAAUAUGAUUUUUCGAGGAUUUUAAGCUUGCUUAUAAGACCACUAAAUUUUACGCAAAAUGACUUGUGCGCAACUUCGGACAAAAACACGAACUUCAAUAUCUCGAAACGUUUGCUGUGUUAAGUCGGGAUUUCAAAUUCUUUAUGCAGUAGGACAGUUUAGUUCACUAUUUUCAAAAGACAAAUUAAAGCAAGGGGCACGCAUACACCAAACCUAUGAUCCGUCUUCCCCGCGCAUGUCGUGGGAGAACUGCCGUGCGAUUCCCAGCCAACAGCUCCCACAUGUGUUGUGUGGAGCUGGCGCUUGAUAGACUGCUUUGCACCCACGUCAGCAGUACGGGGGUUUUGAAACGCGGGUUCACCAGUUCAUUAACCCAGCGGCUUUGCCACGCUGGUGGGCCCCAAUAAGGGCGGAAUAGCUGUCUGUGACUGCCACCCCCUGCGUGAUGUGGCUGUGCGCAUCCGUGAGGUACCGCCCCGGCCGUGGUGGGUGUAUGUGUGCCGCUUGCUUUAGUUUGCACUAUUUUCAAUGCAACCAGGAGCCCAUCAAAUGGAGCCUCCAUCUCCCAUACAAGCUCUUGGAGUCAACCCUUUCCCGAGUAGAUUUAUAAUUAGAACGGUUCCCAGGGGAGACUCCGCGCGCCGACGGUGGGAAGAGCCAAUCACAACGACUAAAUGACACUGCUAUUGUACUUCAUGAAACAGCUGGAAAUCCGGUGCUGACAGGCCAAACAAAAUCAUAAGCUAGUGAAACGUGACUUUAGCGUUUUCAUCCCUCAGAGAUUUUCUUUCUUUUCUUUCUAGCGGGUAGAUUAUACUGUGGAGAGUUUUAAACUCUGACUAUGAUAAUCUUAAUUUUGGUUGCUUGUCUUUCAUUUAAAAGAGGCCAUGAAGCUUACAUGCGUAAUGAUUAAUUACUACCUGCAGUCUGUAGUUCUGACAGGAUUCGUUUUCUUUAGCCAAUUUUUUUGAGCGUUAAGGUUCUUAUUUCGGCUAAAUUACUCAAUAUUAAUCAAAUUUGUAGUUUUUCAAGUUUUUCUCCGAAAUGCGUUUGACUGAAUAAAUACUAUACUGUGGUUGUUUUGUCCGUCAGUUAGUGUGAUGAUUCCCUGCUAUGUUUUGUAACGCCGAGCCCAGCCAUUGUUUUCUCGCAAAAAAGUGAUCUACGGAUGCGAAUUCGAAGGAAAGAAUUGGCCUAAACUUCUACAUUAAUUGCUGAGAAUUCUCCUGUUAGUCAGUCAUAAUUCUUUGGGCGCAGAUACAAUCCAUUUUGUUUUUCUUGAGAUAAGAGGGUCUUUGGACUGGAGCGCGAUGUCCCAAAUUCCACCGUUAGCAAAUUACUUUUGAGUUAGCUUUACGGUCGAGCAACUGUUAUCUUCUGUUCAACUUUUCAAGUGCCAGUUUUAUCAGGCAACUCUCAUGGUGAUACAAGUCAGUUAUAAAGGAAGACUGCAAUUUUUCUGAAGCAUUCCUCCUUGGUUGCUACUUAGGUAAUCGCUUUUGCACGCGGUGCUUAACUGGCGAAAUCCACUCCACGGCGAUAACAAAAAUCAAAUGAUCCUGGCACUUUUUCGGCGCUGAUCAUCGGAGAGUUUCAAAUCGUCCACAGAACGCUUAAUCGUCGACUCUUUUCAAGGUGCAUGCUUAAAUGUGGGAUGUAUGACGGCAAAAAAAAAAACAAACAAAAACAAACACUCGCAAAGAACCUUUCCGUGAUCCUCAGUUCGCUGCCUUUGUCCCAUCGCUUCAUGCUCAGUCUCAGUCGGGUAAUUCAUUAACUUUUAUUUCAUCCCAGAUCCCAGCGGCUGUAAAACUGUAAAAAUGGACGUAUAGUAGAAAAGGAAAACGGUCGAAAGACGGGCUUCUGAGUUCGACUUCAUCCAACUUAAUUUUUUUCACGUUGACAUACGAGACUCACGGAAAUAUGACACUUUUCGCGGGAAGCAAGCCGUUCUAUUUGUAAAUCUACUCGGGAAAGGGUUGACUCAAGAAAUUAAUGGAGAUGGAGGCUCCAUUUGAUGGGCUCCUGAUGCAACCUAUUUUUCAUCAAUUACUGUAUUUCAUGACAUUUCUAAACAAAUUUGACAGCGCGCGCGUACAGGAAAAAUCUUUGCUCGUUGGCACUUAGCGAUAGCUAUAAAUAGUAAUAAAUAUUUUUACAGGAGAAUAUCAGGCAUUAAAGAAGACAAAUUACAGCCACGUACACACCACAAAUUACAGGUUUUCGAAGCCUUUCUCAUACUUCAACUAGUGAAAUCCCCGCCAUUAAAUUUUCCUCAAGUGUAAAAAAAGUACCCUUUUAGUUGGAACAUCCCGUAAAGGCCAUUAUAGGGAGUAUGCCAGGGUACAAAGGGUAGACUUAUGCCUAAUAUCAAGGAUAAAGUGCUUUCAGAAGGGGUAAUAUUGCUCGAGUAUAAUAAGGAAAAGGCAAGGUCAAGGGGUCUCUUCGUUCUCCAUCCGAUGGUAUUCCUGCUGGUCUAAAAGAAUUUCUCUUUAGUCUCUCGACUUAUCUAGAGCAAAGGUAAUUAAGCUUCGGGAAGAAUUAAUUGCAUCCCUAAUCACCUUGUAACCGCGUAGAAUGUGCGAACUUUGAAAAUGAAACUGAAGUCUAUCUCGAGUGAGGGUUUUUUUUUCUUUGGACUUGUUCUGGGUGGUCUUUUUUAACUCCAUGGAAGACCUUUGGCCACCUGAAUGACAAGGACGUGUGCGUUCCAGUCAAAAAGAGACCCAUGAAAGAUCUCACCAAAAUAGUCAGCAUUGCAAUCGCCACAAGGAAUGCUAUAAAGCAUCUUUCCAAAACGGGGAUAUAUUUUGGUUUUAAAACUUGUAGAUCUCAAGUUUCAAUUUUCCAGUUUAUUGACGGCUAUAUACAAACAAAAUUUUUAGCACCAUCUUAAGACGCAUAUUCUUAAAACGUCUGCUUAGAGUUAUCUGUAUUUUUACAAGUUACAUAUUAAUAUUUUUAGAUAUUUCAUUACAAGACAUAUUCUUGUUGUAUUUCGUUAAUUUGCUUUCAUUUUGUGAAUACAUUUUUACCUGUAAUGCUCAUUAGAUCAUUAGUAUGAAUAUUUGCGGGCAAUAUUAGUGAAUAAAUUAUUAUUGUUAUUAUUAUUAAUGUUUCAUAAUAAAGAAAUGGUACCGAGGCUUCCUUAUAUUGGGGUUCACUGGAUUUGGUAUUGGCUAUCUUAUGCUCGGUCCUGCGCCGUUUUUGACAUUUUUACCUCAAAGGUUUGUAACUACCUUAGACAAAGAUACAACAGGGUUCAAUUUAAUAAAGCUAUUCUUUUGCAAGUGUAAUUUACAAUUGUAGCCAUUGACUCUAAAACAGUGGCUACACUUGUAAAUUGCAUUUAUAAAAGUUUUAUUAAAUUGGCCCCAGACCUUUUAACCAGCAUUAACCCAAAAUACCGUUCCAUACAGGCUGACCGUUUAGUACAAAUAGACUACAAUCUUGGACAGUAUAAAAUGGAACAGCAAACCCCUAUCCCCCAGAGCCAUUUUCCAGCUUCCUUAAAUGGGGAAGGGGGGGGAUAAUUUUCCAUCUAUUUUGUCCAAGAUUGCAGCCUCAAUGUAAGUCAACGAACGCAGAUGGUGAAGAGGAUAAGAGUGUUCGAUGUGGUAGCUCUCAACAAAGUGGCUGCUUGAUAGAAAUAAUAGAAUAGAAUAAUAGAAUAGGUUUUUCUGCAAUAAAGACAAAUUGUACGUAUUACGUGCAUUAGGUGAACUAUUAAAUAAAUUAUACAGUUGAACCUCUCCACCACGGCCGCCUUGGGGACAGAAGGAGGUGGCCGCCGUAGAGAGGUUUAAACAAGAGUCAAUGUACUAUGGACUAUUCAACAAUGAAAAAAGUGGCCGUUGUACUGAGAGAGGUGGUCGUUAGUUGCUGGAGUUUCGACUGUAGUAUAAGAAGCCUCCAAGUCGACCUCAGUGAUUAUGGCGUGCAUGGCUGGCACUUGAAUUUGUUUGCCCUGAUAAUGUAUAAAGAAACAUUUUUGUUUCUGUAAACAUUUUUAAAAUUUUGCUCUUUUCUUACAUUUUUCAGAAAGGUGUGGUUUGUUUGUAUUAGCCUUCCUAUUUGUGGUCUUGGGGGAGGAUUUUCUUUCGUGCCAAUAAUGCCAGAUUUAGUUAGAAGUGCCAGGUGAGUGUUUUUUAUUACUUUCUUACCGGGAAGCUGAAAAAAAAGCAAGCAAGGUCGAGGAAAGUGUUAUAAGCCGAGCCGAAGGACGAGGCUGAUAACAAUUACCAAGAUAUCAUUAUCACCUUGUAAAGGACCCAACUACUGACUCAGUGAAACUUACGAACAAUUGUAUAAAUAAAAAAAAAGACACAUUUGAGAAACAAUAGGGACCUUAAACACCUGUGUCUGGGGCGUAAUGCUAUCCAGUGAAUAAAUCGAUAUCUCUAUCUUAUGGAUAGCCCAAGGGAUUGCGGUGUCUAACGUUUGAACAACCCGGGCCAGGCUAACUUUCACCGGGAAUCCUCUAUUUAACUUAGAAAACUUUGAUUCGCUUAAUUUUUACUUCACCGCAGCCCUUAAAUUCUCCAAAUAAUAGUUUCUCGGCCUUUUUGUAACCUUUUUUUUACGUUAAUCGCACUGUUCAGAGCAUAACAACGAAAGACACGAAGCAAUAAAAUAAUGACUCAAGUUAUAGCUUAUAACGUUCAGCGUUAAAUAAAUGUUCACUAGGACCCGUGUNGGGGAGGAUUUUCUUUCGUGCCAAUAAUGCCAGAUUUAGUUAGAAGUGCCAGGUGAGUGUUUUUUAUUACUUUCUUACCGGGAAGCUGAAAAAAAAGCAAGCAAGGUCGAGGAAAGUGUUAUAAGCCGAGCCGAAGGACGAGGCUGAUAACAAUUACCAAGAUAUCAUUAUCACCUUGUAAAGGACCCAACUACUGACUCAGUGAAACUUACGAACAAUUGUAUAAAUAAAAAAAAAGACACAUUUGAGAAACAAUAGGGACCUUAAACACCUGUGUCUGGGGCGUAAUGCUAUCCAGUGAAUAAAUCGAUAUCUCUAUCUUAUGGAUAGCCCAAGGGAUUGCGGUGUCUAACGUUUGAACAACCCGGGCCAGGCUAACUUUCACCGGGAAUCCUCUAUUUAACUUAGAAAACUUUGAUUCGCUUAAUUUUUACUUCACCGCAGCCCUUAAAUUCUCCAAAUAAUAGUUUCUCGGCCUUUUUGUAACCUUUUUUUUACGUUAAUCGCACUGUUCAGAGCAUAACAACGAAAGACACGAAGCAAUAAAAUAAUGACUCAAGUUAUAGCUUAUAACGUUCAGCGUUAAAUAAAUGUUCACUAGGACCCGUGUGCAGCAGCCAAAGUAGCAGAGAGAUUUAGAGUGGGCUGUUGCUUUAAUGUGCUUGCAAGGUAAAAUAAACAUUGAACAAGCACAUCUCUUGACUUAAAACUUCAAUUUCUAACCCGUGUCUUACAGUUGUUUGGUUAAUUCUCUUGACCGUAUCAUAUGGCUGUCGGUAAUAUUCAACUUUUUAAUUGUAACUCUAUGGUACGAAUGUAGUAGGAUUUAAUUAACAAUCAAUAUCUUACCCUGCAUUGUCUGACUGACAAUCAAGUGAAAUAUCCCGGCCUGUAAAAAGUGUUCAUUCAUGAUGUUUAUUAUGUAGAGCGAACAGGAUGCCUGACAAUUCAUCCACGUAUGCCGUUCUCUCGAGUAUUUUUGGCUGCAUGUUUUAUCUAGGGUAAGUUUAUCACGGUAAAUUGUAGUUGGUCAUGUUGUGGUCAUUUUUUGGAAUUGUUUUGUUAAUUCAGUCCGGCUCUAAUCUCGUUGCGUUAAUAGAAUUUUUAAAGAGUUUCCCCUGUUGUUGCACAUGCGCUGUACGUCACUUUAUUUUAUUUAUUUAUUUAUUUAUUUAUUUCGUUAGUAAGUUGGUUAGUUGGUUACAAUAGUUAGUUAGUUAGUUAGUUAGUAAGUUGGUUAGUUAGUUAGUUAGUUAGUUAGUUAGUUAGUUAGUUAGUUAGUUAGUUAGUUAGUUAGUCGUUCGAACUCUCCUUUUUUAAGUGUUUUCAGUUUUGUGCCAACAUGUUUCUCCUUUAAGCUUAGCCAAGUUUUCCAGGAGUUGUCUUUUUUUUAUUUACAGGGCAACAAUUGGACCAAGUAUAGCUGGGAUUUUUAGUGAAAACUUAGGUUUUCAGUGGGCCACAAGUGUAAGUUUUUUGUUAAGAUAUUAUCUACUAGCUCGUCUUUCCACUAAACCCCUGAGUACAUGUAAUUUGCUGCCCACUUAUCGGGGAUCUACCGCUGUGAAACACAAGGAAAGCGGUGAAUAUAAAUGCAAACUGACCGAUGAAUGAAUAUCUAUUUUGGUUGCGGCUCAUCCACCAAAAUGCUGCAGCACUCCCCCGUUAUUAGUCGUUAUCCGAUUCCCCCCUGAGUUUCCGAUGGGUUUAACCUCAAGACAAUCCAAUAGCGGUCGGGCUCUCUAACCGGGCUUUGGAAGGAAGAUACACAUGACACUACUCAGGACAGCAUUAACAAAUGUAACUUUCUUACCUCUAUUGUUUCUCUUAUUUUUAUUCAUUUAUUUAUUCUAUUUUUUUCGUUUGUAGAUCGCAGGUUUCAUCUGUUUUGGCCAAGUAAGUAAACUAUGUUACUGCACCUCGCCAUGCUUUUUCUGCAUAAAUUUACAUCUUCUCAAUGUGAAUUUAAUCACUAUUUACUCUAAAGCUAAGUUCAAGUAUAUCUAAACUGCACCUAAAUAUGUUUAUUUACAAAUAUUAAGGCUUGAAAUCAGUGGUUGCAUGAAAUGAUGCCUUAAAUUAAGAAUACGUUGCACCUAGAGUGCAUUCACUUGCAACAUUAGCGUAUAGCCGUCGUAUUGCCCGUUGCAAUUUUUUAUCACUGUAUUUUAGCUUAAAAACAAAAAAUUUCAGCGAGCAAAUGCGACGGCUGGACGUGUAUGCUUCAAAUGAUCCACCCUUAGGCCCCGUUUAUGUGGGGAGAAGUUGCUCCAGCUAGAAGACUCACUCGCCUACCCGAGCUACCCUAGGGGGCGGCCACCUUUUCAUACAUUUCCUUACAAAAAGUGGCGAAUCGUUUACAUGGAAGGGUCACUCCUUAGCCGGGCCAACUUUUCAUCAUACAACCACUUUGACUCAGCCAGCCGUUUCAACCCGGUCAAGACUUGACAAUUAGAACAUGCGCGAGCGCUCUUUUAGACAAUCAGAGCAUGCGCUACGCUGAUGGGGCGGGUUAAAAGGGUCAUCUUUCUUCGCAUAUAAACGCUCACUUAAGUUGGCUCGGUUGGUAGGGUGGCCCUUCCACUAAGGACAGCUUUUCUCCAUAUAAACAAGGCCUUGCUUUCCUAAAAGAGAAGUAAUAUUCCGCAGCAUGUCACGUCACCAAAAGAAAAAGUCGAACCCGUGAGAUCCCAAACUUAUGGCGGAUGACUAUCCAGAGAGUUACAAAACAGCCGCAGAAUUUUUUUUUUUAAAGAAAAACGUAAUUCCCAGUUGAAAUCAUAUUCAGGCUAGGAACAGCAUUGUUGAAAAGGGAUGAUGAUAAACUUAGUUUGAUGGUAGAAUUUUGGUUUUGAAGUGAGAAAGAUGAAAAGAAAACGAUCUGAGUUCCGGACGAGAUUUCUUGUAUUCAUUUUCAUUUUAUCACCUCCACAGGUUGCCAAUUCCAAAUCAGAUAUUUGAAAACCGCCGGCAAAGGCCAUUUAUUGAAUCUGUCGAAAUGGUCAAAGACUACUUCAACAACACUGUGAGAGAUCGCAGAAGUUCAUGUUGCCAAACUGGCCUUGUGGUUGGGGUUUGAGACAAAACGCUUCGAAAUGCGUCUUUAAGAAAUGAUGAUUAAAAUUUUUGAAAUAUUUGUUAGGCAUAAAAUACAUUUACUUCUUGAUUGUUUCCAGGCGCUACUUCUGUCAGCUUUCACGAUGUUUGAACCGGCUCUUAGGUUAGUAAUUAGUACAAAUGAAGUGUGGGGCAAGGUAAAAGCCUACUCGCAGACAUGCAGUCUUGCUAUUUUCUAGCCACCACGUAGGUCACGUGAACCGUGAGCAACUGAGAACACCGCCUUGGUCGCCUGUCGUUUGUUUAAGUUCGUCGAUUUACGAUGGGGCUAUUUAGAACCAAAAAGAAAAUUUUCACUUCCAACUUUAGCUCUUUGUCAUGAAUUUUGAGGUGGUGGCAAACUCAGCUCGUUUUACAACAGCUAGCUUAAUAGUUAAGUUACUAGUUCGCGGAUUUCCAGAAGGCCCGAAAUUUGUCACUCAGAGACAGCGAAACAAAAGUUAACAGGCCGCCAAAAUGAUGAAUGAGGGCAUCGUUUCUUGGCUGUUCUCUGCAGCAAAUGUUGGAUGGCCUUAUGGAAUUAUUCCUUUAUUUUCGGGACAUAAGAGAACUACCAUGAAGGUAAUUAGCAAGCCUUAGCUUUGUUCACCCUCUUAAAUCAUCAACACAGGAAUCUUUAAAAAGUUUAUCGGGUUUUCUCAAUAUAUUGAUCUGUUAAUUAAGCCAUAAAUUCGUCCACAACUGGACAUUUCCGCCAAAACUAGACUGACAGUCAGCACUAUUUAUCCUAAGGGUCACUUUGACUUUGUCUCUUUGAAAUAUAUAAGAUGUUAAUAGUGCUGCCUCAUACUUUUUUUAGAAUAGACGACGCAAAUUCUGGUCUUGCUGAAGAAGAGAAGAGGCCGAUUCUUGUGAGCUCAUAAUUUUUGUGGCUGCGGACUACCAGAAUAAGUCAACAAAAACGAACCCUUCCUAAGAGCUUUUACAAAGAUGUGCUCUAAACUCAGCGAUGAAAAAUAAUGAAAAACGAAAGAAGGAGGUUACUUCAAAAGAGCAAACGAC